CAAAGCAGUGCCAUUCUGAGCUAUCUGCACUCAACCACCAUGCUUGACAGCAUGCUAAAGUCCCUGAACCACCAGAGAGGGUUGAAGUUGAAGUUGAUCAUCGUCUUCCUCUUCGCGGGACUGGAGCACCUGAUGGACGUGGUGUUUGUGUGUCCCUGUGACCCCACAUGGAACGCUUUGGCGUCUGCGCUCUUCUUCACCCUGCCUGCCACCAUCAUCUUCCUGCUGAUGCUGGUGAUGCAGUGCUCACCUCAACAGAAACACGGGACAAACGCCACACAGCCUGAAAACGGUGAAGGGUCAGACGACGCCCCAAGCGAACAGGAAGAAGCAGAUGAACAGACCUCACUCCUUCCUGGCCACACCUCAGUCAACUACUCUGGGACUCCUGCGGUCAUACACAGACUAGAGCAGAGGGAGGGCUGUUGUGAAAAGGUGAAGAAAGGCAUGUUGACAGUAGUCAUGGCGUUGGCGGUGCCGAUGCUCUGGGUGAUGAUGAUGUUCUUCGAGGGUCAGUUCUACGUGUGUGCUAGAACCAACUGGAGCGGACGAUUUGUCAAACUCAACGACACCUACGAGCACAUGUGGUGCAAGCCGGACCAAUCAUCUUCCAGAACUGAUAAGAUAAAGCGUUCGAUUGGCUACUACGUGGAGUCCCAGUGGGUCGGCUUGGUUUUGCUGUCGGCAUUAAUGCUCUACGUCUUCAUCUACACUAUCAAUGAAUGCUGCAAGAGGCAGAGGAACCGGAUACAACAGAAUGCUUAGAGCGCUGCAGGAAAUACAUACAACAUGCUUUGUAGCCGUUGCUGAAAAAAUGUGCCCAUUUAUUUGUUAAAUGAAUAUUUUUUAUGUAUGAUUUUCAUGCAAUAUUUUUGGUUUAAAAUAUGUAUAUUCUUAUUUUUUCUAUUUCAUAUAUAAUUAAAUGUAAAAUGGGUAAAAUGUGAAUUCAUAAUGAUGUGUAAUAGUGAUAUAGUGACUUGCACAGGCAGUCAUGUGACUAACGUUAUAAGCAGUUGGGAAGAUGUG